ACAGAGAAGUGUGAGGAUCUUUAAACACAACCUAAGCGAACUGUGAUCCAGACGUACCAGUAAACACAAGAACAAAAUAGUUAUUUCGCCAAUCACCAAGUCUCAUUGGACAGAGAUUUAAUCAAGCACUGUCCCACCAUGCCCCUCAACGACGAGCGACCAUCCUCGACUUCCACAGCGGCCAGCGAGGACCAGGGUAGCGAUGGAGAGUCAAUGUUGGGCCGCUGUGACAGUACUAACUCAGCCAGCGACCUGGACUAUUCCCGCCAGAGCUUCACCAGCGACUGCUCCAGCAAGCAAAGCUCCCCUUCCUCCAGCCCGCCAAAAACCAUAACACUUGAUGAGGUCAUGACCUCUGCACGGGACCUGUCCAACCUAAACCUUGCCCAUGAGAUUAUUGUCAACCACAGCUUCCAAGUGGAGCAGCCAAACCUGCCAGAGAACAGUUUGGAGAAGCGGGUCAGAGACAUGGUUCACAAGGCGUUUUGGGAUAGCCUGGAGGCUGAGCUAAAUGACGAGCCUGCAGAAUACGAGCACGCCAUCAAACUACUGGAGGAGAUUCGAGAGAUCCUGCUGUCAUUCCUGAACCCAGGAGCCAAUCGGUUGCGGACACAGAUCCUGGAGGUUUUGGACAUGGACCUGAUUCGUCAGCAGGCCGACAAGGAGGUGGUGGACAUCCAGGGACUGGCCUCUUAUAUAAUCAGCAUCAUGGGAAAGCUCUGCGCACCCAUCAGAGAUGACGAGAUUAAAAAGCUCCAAGAAGGCUCCUGUAACAUUGUUAAAAUGUUCAAGGACAUCUUCCGCGUGCUGGACCUAAUGAAGAUGGACAUGGUAAACUUCACCAUCCAGAACUUGAGGCCUGAGCUGCAGAAACAGUCUGUGGAGUUUGAGAGGGCCAAGUUCCAGACCAUUCUGGACAAGACACCCAGUGCGUUGGACCAUACUACUUCCUGGAUCAAGUCGACUCUGGAGGAGUUGAUGCUGUCCAUGCCUCCCACGGCCGAAACCAGCAGCCAGGGGAAGGGGGGGAAGGCCCUGCCUGGACCUCUCCUGGUCAUCAACACUGGGUUCAUCCGUACCCUGUUUUGGAACUACCAAAAGAGUCCACUGCCUGAGACGCUGGUGACGGAUGAGGUGCGUUUGAGGGAGCUCCAGCGCAGGCUCCAGCUGCUGCAGGCAGUGGCCUCCGUACUGCUCAUCGUCUACAGCGCUGUGGGCGGGGCCGUCUCCGGCCUGCCCGCGCUGGCCGACCGUCUCAAGAGGAUGACCAGCGUGCUGCUGGAGGGCAUGCACAGCCUUCAUUUCAAUCUGGAGGAGGCUCUGGAGGGUGUCAGUGGACAGAUCUGCUGUGAGCUCAACAAGUCCCUGACUAAGAGGAACUACCUGGCUCUGCCCGUGGCCCUGCAGGCCACCCUCAAGGGCCAGAUCUGUGCCCUCACUCAGGAGAGCAACCCCAUCCGCACACUUGUGGAGGGGCGGGUCCAGGAGUACCUCCAGGUUUUCCUGUCCACACCCAACUCCAACGUUAACCUGCCCCCAGUCCCGACCGGCUUAUCAGCUGUCGAGCCUGAGCUUACUGCUUUAGGAGUCUCGUUUGUUUGCUUGGUGAACUACAACAAGCAAGUGUACGGCCCUUUCUACACAGGCAUCCUCAAGAGCCUGCUCUUCAGCAACACCCCACCCCACCCUCUUUCAGCUCAGGACCCCCCUCAGAGACCUAUGAAUUCCAGCUAGAACGUAACAUUUGAGUUGUUGGUUAGAAAACAGGGAGGAAGGAGAUGUACUAAUCAGCUAAUCCCAGACUCAAACCUUGAGGUAACGUAAAAACGUAAAAAUAUAAAUCCGUAGCCCAAUGGUUCCUCCCUAUAAAGUACAAUGAAUGGGCUGAAUGUUAAAUGCUACUGUUACAGAGAACAUCGAUAUAUAUUUUAGUCAAACUUAAUAUGGUGUAUUUAUGAAGCAAUUUAUCAAACAUUUGCCAAUCAAAUGAUCUGUUUAUCUUCAUACAUGGCUCAUGGGUGUUAACUUACAUGGGUGUUUUCCACAGAGACCUGUUAUGCUUAUUAAGGGUUUAUAAAGUGUCCGUCAUAAUCGUAGUUUUAUGAAUAGUCUAUUUAUGAAUACUUGGUGGUCAACAAAUGUUGUGCAACUGCUUAAAAUAUGUAUAAAAAUGCUCGAGUGCACUAUGACAUCUCGAAAGCAAAUUCUUUGACUUGCAUAAAGAAUAUAUUUAUAUAAUCAUGUCCCAUUUUAUAGAAGAAACAUGUCAGCUUUAUGCUACAAACUAUUUAGUACUGUUACAUGCUGAGGUGAACAACACAAGAACACAACAAUUAUGGUAUUGUUUGUAGCGUAUGCAUCAAUUUGAGAAGUACAUUGUUUAGUUUUGUCCUGUGAUGCAUCUGUCAUUGGAUAUGUACCGUUUGUUUUAAUAAUAAUUAUUGAUUUCAUGUAAUAAAAAAAACAUGUUUAAGAACAUUUGGAUGCUUGACCUGGGAAAAAAUCUGCAUGAUUUUUUUUACAUUUACGUACAUUCUUGUUACUUAUUAUUUAGUAGUUCAUUGAAUUGUAUUGUUUCAGAAUAUGAAAAAUAUAUUAAAUGCUUUCUUAAAUACUUGAACCAGUCCUUUAAAACAUGUUCUAAAUACUAAAAUAAUGGGAGUUUUUAAUUGACAACAUUCUGUAUUGUUUACUGCAAGCUUACUUGAAUUCAUGGAGAAUAUGUUUUGAUGUCUUCCUCAUAUGUACUGCAUCUAUAAUACAAUAAACUAUAAACCUGG